CAUUCGAUUUGUACUGUUUCUACUAAAAGCUCGAAAAAAUAGGAAGCAAGACCGGAACGGAUGUCCAAAACAAGAAUGCCUUUUUGAUAUCGUGACAUGCUUUCGAAAAGAGCGAUUUCACUACAAUUUCGUGGUUGCUCUUUAAAUAGCGAUAAAGAUUGCUGGAAAUUAGGUUGUAUUAGCAUCCCGGUAUAGUUCCAAGCGGAAUUUCUGUGGUCGGUCCACGUACGUGACUCACACGCGUGCCAAGCUAACGAGGUUCACGAUCCUAAAUCCAUUACGCUUUUCAGCAAUAGACGUGCUAUAAAAAAUUCAUUUCGAGAACGGCUUUGGAGAUAUUUUUUUAGCAGAAAACGCAAAAUUGUGUGGGGCUAAAAAUAAAAUUUUGUAACGACGAAUAAAGGAGAAAGCAAUUUACGAACGAAAGUAACAUAAAUCGAUGACUAUGAAUAAUUUCUCCCUCUCUCUAGCGCUGAAUGAAUAUUCGUCAAACUCUUGAGAUUCUUUUCGAUUCACGGGAGCGUCUCGACCCCACGAAACGGCCAGAAUUCCUUAAGGAGAGUCAAACGUAGCUCGGUUUCAACGACAUGUGCCUACGAAAAGCGUGGCAGUGGGGGGAUGCCAGUCUGGUCUCACCUGAAACAGGACCAACUUGAUUGGCGGAAGUCCCAGAAGGAAGGGGUUAGACUCUCGUAUAUGUUGGAACACACACCUUCCACGACCACUAUGUGCUCGUGACACGCGGUCCAAGGAUAUAAAAAGCCUAAGGUCGAGCAGGAAUCGAAGAAAAACAGCGCGAGGGUUAAGGUCAGAUACCACCUAUCUGGUGAUUUCGCGUGGUGACAGUGUCUUUUCCAAAUUUCUUUUCGCAAACCACGCGAUCUACCGAAUCAUGAGGAUACCAGUGUUCGUCUUCUUGCUUCUGGGAGCCCUCUGCGCUCAGGGUGAAACUGUCGAAAAGAAAGAGGAUGAUAGUUUGUUGAACUGCGUGCUGGAGGAUGACUCGAUGGGGUGUUUGAGGACGAGGCUGGCCAGGGACAUCGAUUCGAUCGAGGUGCAAGUGACUGGAAAACAGAGCGAAGUACCCAUGAGUGCCGUCAUCGAACAGGCUGGUAGUUUCGUGGCGGAUAUCGUCGAUGACAUCCAGGAGACAGGAAGUGUGGAAGAAGUCGAGGAACAAGAUGUGCAAGUUGAAGGACGCGGCAAGAAAUUGAAGAGAAAGAAGAAGCACCUGCAGAAGCUGUUGGGUCUGGCUAUGCUGUUCAAGGCGAAACUGAGCCUGUUGCUUCAACUGAUCUCCACGCACUUCCAAGUCAAGUUCUUCGUGAUCGCCAUCCUCGGCUUGCUGAUCAACGCUGCCAGGUUUUGGCUGGACCUGAAAAAGUCCCAUCCAUCCAAGGUUAUUUAUUACGAGCACGCCCAGCACCAGCAUCACUACGACCACGACGAUCAAGAGCACGGUUACUGGGGACGAUCCGCGGACAGCACUCCUCAAGAUCUCGCUUAUUCUGCCUACGCCUCGCAAAACUGAUGCUCCAUCUUAUCUAUAAAUGAUCGUAGAGAAGCUACGAUUGUUUUCUUCGUGCUCAGGUUUAAUCGCUCAAGAAAUGAUUAAACGAUCGUUCCAAUCAGAGCGACGUUAUUCGUAUUACUCUAAUUUAUGUAUUUAUGUUAAAUUAUUUAUUGUUUUGUUUGUAUCACGGUUUGCGCCGUUUUUAGAAAUAUUUAUCCCUUGUCUAAGAUACUCCCUCGACUCGCAAAGCGUUCCAUCCUCGUAACCAAAGUCCACUUUGCGUACCUGUCUCGUAUUCUCUUUAUCUGCCAAACAUUGUUAAUUUAUUUGUUAACAACGCCUGUAAGAAACGUGCAAGUAAUAAAUUAUUUU